CGGGGCCGCGCCUGGCGGCGGGAGCGCGCUCGGCAGCGGGAGCCGCGAUCCCGGCGGGACACGGCCGCGCCGGCCAUGGAGCCCUCGCCCAAAGACGGCGAGAGCGCGGCGGCCACCGAGCCCAGCCGGAGCGGCACGGCCCCGUCCAGCGGCGUGGUGGUGCAGGUCCGGGAGAAGAAGGGCCCCCUGCGCGCCGCCAUCCCCUACAUGCCCUUCCCCGUGGCCGUCAUCUGCCUCUUCCUCAACACCUUCGUGCCGGGGCUGGGAACGUUCGUGUCGGCGUUCACCGUGCUCUGCGGGGCCCGCACCGACCUCCCGGAGCGGCACAUGUGCUGCGUCUUCUGGCUCAACAUCGCCGCCGCCCUCAUCCAGAUCCUCACGGCCAUCGUCAUGGUGGGCUGGAUCAUGAGCAUAUUCUGGGGCAUGGACAUGGUCAUUCUUGCAAUCUCACAAGGCUACAAGGAGCAGGGGAUCCCACAGCAGCUGUAGUGGCUGGGACAAGUGUGGUCAGAGAAACACGGCGAGAGAUUUCCUUUGGCAGCCGUGGGCCACGGACCUUUUCAUUACCCUUUGUCUCUCUUCUUGUCCCCUUUGUUUUGUCUCCUUGUGUCUGCCCGGUCCCCGUGCCCGUCCAGCGGAGCGGAGAUGCAGAGCAGCCGGCGCAGACUUGCACUGAGGCCCGCGAGCAGCGGAGAUGAGGCAAGCACGGCUUGGCUUGGACUGGUCCCGGCCGACGAGGAGGACGAGGGUGCCAGGACAAGGAAACAGCCUUGGCAAAGGUGGCACCUGAGCAGGCAGCUGAACCAAGGGAGGGGGAGAUCCUGCCUUCUCUCUGCUCCCACGGGGAGGUCGCUGAAGAUGUUUUGCCUCCUUUUUAUGCUCGCUGUUAAAGGACGCUGGCUGUGAACAUCAAAUGCCAAGGAGCUGUUCAUAGAUAUACGUACAGGAUGUAAAAGCAAACCAGUGGUACUUUCUUCCUGCCCCAAGAUUCCAUCUGUAACUGUUUUGCAGUAGUGGGGGGUCCAACCCAGCCCCCUCUGCUGCCUGUGUAUAUAUGAUGUUCACUGAAGCUCUGUCCCCGCAGAUGUCUUGAGAAACGUGCUUGCUGUAAAUCGUAUUGUACCGCUGAAGUGACCGGGGCCACCCACUGCUUCCAUCCGCUGCCACCAUGCAAAGACUAGAGCUCCCACCAGCCCAGGGGACACUUCUCCUAGCACAGGACUAGUGUCCUGCAGCACCUUGCCUCUAGGGCAGCAAGUACUGCCAAAAGCCUCUCCAGUAUAAAACAAUACUGGGGGAGCCAAAGAACAAGAGCUUUCCUGCCCCUGAAAGGGACUUGCUGGCAGUGUCUCCAUGCUUUGGAAAUGGAUCCCCUUUGAGCACGGCGAGUGCUCCUGGCUGAAGCAGCAUCCCAGCUCUGCUUGCCCAGGGUAAAAUUAACCACCCAGCGCUUUCACACCUCCUUCCGAAGCACUGCAGAGGGGACAACACCUCCACCUCCCUCCUGUGGGAGCUGUGACCAGCUGCAAACCAGCACAGCCAGAGGGCACAGCCAGAGCCCCUCCUCUGGUCCGAAGUGCAUGGCCCCCAGCUAUCCCAGCACCAUCAGCUGCUUUGUAAAUGUAGAUGUUUGACAUGCGAGUUUUACAGCUAAAGAGUGAUCGUGGGUCAUGAAGAAUAAAUGCAGUUGCUUCACCCCCAUCUGCCAGCAACACAGAAUUUUUCUGCUGCUCCUUUCUGAUUGGGAAAAGCAGGUUUCUCAAAAAAACAAACAAACAAAACAAAACAACAACAACAAAAAAACCAAAACAAAACUACCAAAAAAGGGCUUUAAUGAAAUAGCUUCUUGGUACUUGAA